AUGAGGUUUGCGAUUGCGUGUACGGCCAGGGGAUUUGUUCAUCGGAACCUCCAUCUCCAUCUCCAGGGGAAAGGUAAUCCUGGAAAUUCUCUUUCUCCGUUUUCCCACUGCGGUUUCCGUCGCCGGGAACGGGCUUUCUCAGGUCUCAGUGAUGAUUACAGAGAGAUAUUGCGAAACGGGCUUCGUGAUGUUAAGCUAGAUGAUGCAGUUGAUCUGUUCAGUGAGAUGGUUCAGUCUCGUCCACGCCUUCCAUUUAUUUUGAUAAACUGUUUCUGCCGCUCCUCUCAGCUCCCUCUCGCUUUAGCUAUUCUUGGCAAGAUGAUGAAACUCGGCUAUGAGCUCAGCAUUGUCACGCUUUCUUCGCUGCUCAAUGAUAACCAAACGAACAGGGCCUCAAAGGCUUUUUUCGAAUCUGGCGGCUGUGAGAAUGCCCAACAAGUUUUCAAACAAAUGGUUUCUGGUGGUGUCCCUCCUAAUAUUAUGACUUACAACAUUGUGUUGGAUGGGCUUUGUAAUAACGGGAAGCUCGAGAAAGCAUUGGUCAUAUUCCAGGAUUUGCAAAAGAGUGAAAUGAAACUCAAUAUUGUCACAUAUGUUAUAGUGAUUAAUGGGAUGUUUAAGGCUGGUAAAGUGGAAGAGGCGUGGGAUUUGUUUAGUAGCAUCGGCCUCAAAGGAGUGAUGAAGCCUGAUGUUGUGACCUACACUACAAUGAUCUCAGGUUUUUGUGGGAAAGGCUUAAAGCAGGAAGCCGAUGCCUUGUUCAUAGAAAUGAAAGAAGAUGGGCCUCUCCCAGAUAGCGGUACGUUAACACAGGAAGAAAGCAGACACGAGCCUGAUUUUUUGCUAGUUUAUGGACCUGUGAGACAUAUGGUAUCUUUGAAGUACAUGAGAUAUGGUUUCAAUGGUAGUAAUAAUCUAAUGCUCAAGAAGUGGCCUUCCUUGCUCAAUUUCUCCAUUGAAACAUUUAUAGGCCUAGGAUUCAGCAGAGAUGAGUUUGAGAGUAUGCUCAAACGCUUUCCUCAUUGCAUUGGGAUAUCCGGUGAGACGGUGAAGAACAAGACUGAGUUUUUGGUGAAGCAGAUGUACUUGGAAUUGCAACCAAAGAACAAGUGGUUUGUGUUCUUACAUGAAUCUUAA